CUGCGGGUUCCGUCCGCAAGGUAAAGCGGGAUGCGGCGAGGCUGCCCUCGGGUCCGGCUACCGUCCUGCGGGUCGCCUGUCGCCGCCACCGCGCGUGUUUUGCAGCUUCGCGUCCCGGAAGCAACGUAGGCGGCGGAUGUUGACAGAGGCGGAUUAACGAGUUUUCGGGGCGGAGGAGGGACGGAGCCGGUUUCAAUCUUUUUGUGGUUUUGACACCGGGCUAACGUUAGCUUAGCCACGACCGACGCAGACCCUUCAAUGAGUGUCGGAGCCCGAUAAAAAGGACUUGGAGCUGUUUGAUGGUCAACGGGUCCGAACGGGUCCGUCCGUCUCGUGUCGGUCAAGCCCCGGAACACAAGGGCGCUGAGUUCCAAAGAACGAGGCACGUCGAUAGGUACGCGGCCGCUGCAGAUUUGUGGGCGAUGGGGACUCAAGGACCCGGCAGAAAGAGGCUGCUCAACCUGGAGAAGCUGACCGCAGAGGACGAUGCUCUCAAAGAGAUCGCCCGACAGGCGGAAGCGCGGCUGGCGGCGAGGCGAGCGGCGAGGGCGGAGGCCCGAGACAUUCGGAUGAAAGAGCUGGAGAGGCAACACAAAGAGAAGUAUUAUGGUCUGGAUUAUAAAUGGGGUCGAAUUGAACAGUGGAUGGAGGACGGCGAGCGCUAUUCUCGCCACUCGCGGAGAAUCGCUUCGCUGUCGGAUGAUGAAGAGCGGAUGUCUGUGGGGAGUCGAGGCAGUCUAAAGCCUUCAGACUACAGCUCAUUUCUGGGUUCUGGCUCUCGGGCCUCCUCCAGAGCUAGUUCAGCUCGGGCAAGCCCUGUGGUGGAGGACAGACUGGACCGAGAUUUUCUGGAUAGAGGCUCCAGAACAGCACUGAACCUUUCUGCAGCCACUCUAUCGCCUCUGGGGGGCGCCUCAUCUCGCAGAGGAAGCUGUGACACGUCCGUCUCCGUAGAGAUGGAGGCCUCCAUCAGGGAGAUGAAGGACUCCGUGGCAGAGGCAGAGGAAAAGUAUCGCAGAGCCAUGGUUUCAAACGCUCAGCUGCACAACGACAAGUCAACUUUGAUGUAUCAGGUUGAAACUCUGCGGGAGGAACUCAGCGACAUAGAGGAGCAGCUUUGGGAGGCGCGACGCCAAUCUGAUGAGCGCGCAAAGGCAUACGAGCGAGAGCGGGACUCUCACAUCGUCCUUCAGUUCCAGUUGAAAGAGAUGAAAGAGACGAUGAGACGAAGUGAAGAACUGCUGAUGGAAAUGUCACAGUUACGAGAACAAACGCGUGCUUACUCUCAGGAGGUGUCUGACUUGCAGGAGACUCUGCAGUGGAAGGAGAAGAAGAUCGCGGCUUUAGAGCGCCAGAGGGAAAUCUCUGACGUCAUUCAGAUCGAGCGCGACCAACUGAGAGUUGAAGUGCUCGGCCUCCGAGACGUUCUCAAGAAAUCCGGAGAGGUCGUUUCUCCCGAGGUGGCGACCAACGGGGGGCCUAGAUUGGACGAUGCUGAGGAAGAAUUCAACAACAGUUUUGCGUCCCACUUGGCAAAGGAAGCUCCCGGGAGCCGAGAGAGCAUGCUGGAGCUGCAUCUGAAGAAGCUAUUUGAAGAAAGAGAAAGUUUCCAGGAUCAGGUGCGAAUGCUCAAGACUCAACUGCUUCUGAGACAAAGGAAAGGAUCGGAUGGGAGCCAGAAUCCUGACGAAGAGCGUCUGGAAAAUGGCACAGACUCACAUGGGGUGGAACUCCAAAGAGAUGCAAGCAGACAAAUCAGCGACUUGAAGUUCAAACUGGUGAAGUCGGAACAGGAAGUUGCCACUCUCGAACAAAACGUCAUCCGGCUGGAGGGUCAGGUGACCCGAUACAGGACGGCGUCGGAGAGCGCACAGAUGGUCGAGGAUGAGCUGAAGGUCGAGAAGAGAAAACUGCAGAGAGAAUUGCGCUCGGCUCUGGACCAAAUCCAGGAACUGGAGGCGACGAACGGCCUCCUUGCCAAACGUCUGGAGAAGAUGAAGGCCAAUCGCAGCAUCCUGCUGGCCCAGCAGUGACCCCCGACCUCUCCCAGGAGGAUCUCUCCCCUCCCCUCCCCCCCGUCGUCCCGGGAUGGACUCACGAAUGACUUGGGAGUUUGAAAACUUACGGACUCUUCUUCCCUCCAACCUGAUUGCCGAUCAGUUUUCACGGGUGACAGCUGCUGGAUUUGAACCCACAUGCAGGAGCGUGUGGGUGGGCUUUGUGUGGCCGACCGAUGUUUGACUCUCAAAAAUGUUUCCUGCUGUCUUGAGGCUCACCAGCUCCGCUCGGUUCUGAAAACAAACAACUUCUGCCUCACCAGCUUUCUGCUGUUGGUUGUUUAAGCACUUAUUCGAUAUUAUAUUAAUGUCCUUGUAUGAGGAAACUAUUUGUGCCCGCCAGUAAAAUGG